AAUGAGCGGUGUGUGUCGAUAGGGUCAAAUAAUAGUUGACAUGAGCUGUAAAAUAGAAGUGAUACAUUGGAAAUACAGAGAUGAAAUAGAGAAGUCGGGGGUUAUAUUGAAAGCAGAAUUCGAAUUUGAAGCCGCAGCACAGGAAGCAAGCCAUCUCAAAAGGAGCAUAUUGGUUUUGCGCACAAACGAUGCGGCGCUUGAAGAGCUGACAGCAGACAACUCGCGCCUAAAGAGACUUUCAUUCAUCUGAAAAUCUCAUGAGGAGCAAAGUGUGACGGUGGCCAGUGAAGAAGAUAUGGAGACACCGGUGGAGACGUCUCCUCCAGCCACUGAGGUCCUUGAGAAAUGUGAGGAAGGAUCGCGUGGCAGCCUGCUGCAUAUGGAGGAGAAGUCGUUCGUCUCAAGUCUGCACGCCUUCAUGAAGGAAAGGGGCUCGCCCAUUGAAAGGAUUCCACAUUUGGGCUUUAAACAGAUUGACCUUUGGAUGAUCUACAAGGCGGUUGAGAAACUGGGUGGAUACAAUUCAGUGACAGCGCGACGCCUGUGGAAGAAAGUGUACGAUGAACUGGGAGGCAGUCCCGGUAGCACCAGCGCUGCCACCUGCACUCGCAGGCACUACGAGAGGCUGGUGUUGCCCUACGAAAGACAUCGAAGAGGAGAAGAUGAUAAGCCUUUGCCCCUCAGCAAGCCAAGGAAGCCCUAUAAGAGGAAUUCGGGGGGGAAGACGAACAAAGCAGAGUGGAAGGGGAAAAGAAAUAUGUCGGAAAGAGAAAUCGAUUCCGCGCGGCUGCUUUCGGAGGCCGCAAGUCAGAGUGAAGCAGCGGCGCGUGCCGGUUCUGCUCUGUGGUCGCGGACCACUGGCAGGCACCAGCUGCAAGUGUCCCCGGCCCCUGGCCUUUAUGCCAAUUCCCACCCGCUGCACGGCCCGGCGGCAACGCCCUGGCCCGCAAACCACGGAGAGGUCAUCUCUCCUCUGGAGAAAAAGAAGCGCUUAGCCCAGGCGAGCCUUCUGGCCAAUCCGCAGGGGGAGGACCAAGACAGGCCUUCUGUUAUCCAGCGCUCCGUGUCUCCAGCCUCAGGCAGCCACAAGUGCGACUCCUCCGACGGCUCGCCUCGUCCUCUCUCUUCCUCCUCCUUCUACUCCAGGAGCCCAUCCCCGUGCUCCAUCUCGUCAGAUGAUGAAAAUAACUCAGCUGUGGCCCCCGACUGUUUCGUCCGAAGUGAUGACGCGCCCAAGAGACCAAUGUCAAAAGAUCCUGCUGGAGAGAGUAAAGACAGAAAUCAAGCCAAAUUUUUAAAGGACAAAGAUCACAUUAAAGACGUUGACUGGAAACCGAAUGUUGCCAGCAAAGACCUCACACAUCCUUCGGAGUGUGUUCCAACAUCUUCCUCUGGUUUCAUCAAAAUUCUGACAAAAUCUGCACAGCUUCCGCGGCCUGCUCCAAUCCGGCCAGGCCGCAGAAUCCCACACGACGCUUCGACGCAUCACAACAAAUCUUUCCCGUUGCCCUGGGAAACGUUCACGGCAAUGCCAGCGAAGUUUCCUCCCGCCCAGCAGCGGCGAGCCCACGCCACUUGGGUUGCGCCACCUUACGACAUUUCGGGCAGAGAUUCACACCUGCGGACGGCGCCGCGGCAGCCGGCCUUCCUCCCCAGGAUGAGAAUACCUCAGACUCAGCUGACGUACCGCCAUGUUCCUGCCAACGCAACUCACUCUGCCCUCAUCUACCCGUACCCGUACUCCAUCCCUCUGUGGGGUCCCCACACUUCAUACCCCUCCCCCACCGUCAACACUUUUCAUACUCAACACAAAAUAUGACUCUUUCUCUUUAUCUGCACGUGUCAGCAAUUUUUUUUUUUGUUAUGACCUUUUGUAUGACUCUCAGAAGCAUUUGAACAUUCUGUGAUUCACGGUGUUGUCUAUCACCUGCGCCAUUACACACAUGUGCCACGAGAGAUCACCAGGUGUGUGUGCUGUGGAAACAUGAUGCAAUUUCACUUAAUUGGUCCGAAAAUUACUUAUUUUAUAAGAAUAUAACAAAAAAAAUUGGUCUUUUUUUCAUUUGGCUAUGCAAGCUAUGUAUAGCAACAGGCACAAAAAUUAAACGUUUGUCCACUAGAUGGCAGACGGUACAAUUAACCAGUGUACCUGCCUAGUGCUAUUCAUUCAACAGAAUAAUAGUUUUGUGUUCAAAUACAGUAAACAGAAGCACAUUCUUAGCACAUCUGCCGCUAGCAUCAACUAACACUGUCAUUGAACAUCAGAGUGGCUAAACCUCUAGCCAGGAAAUAGCUAGCCAAUAGUAUGUCCUCAUAUGCUGCCUUCAACGUCACUCAACAGACCACACCUGCCUUUUUAAGGAAUAUACACAUUCACAGUCACAGUUUGGAUAGUGGAGAAUGUGUGGAUGGUGACCCGAAGUGGACAAAAAUAAUAACUGCACCUGACAUUCAUGUACUGCUUUUUGGUGUUACAGUGUAUGUAUGUGUGAGCUUUCCAAUAUAUAUAAAUAAUACAAUAAAUACUUGACCACUACUUUGCUGAUUUCGUCUAUUGCGGGGGGUGGUCUGGAACGUACCCCCUGCGAUAAACGAGUUAUUUACGAU